GGCGAGCAGUGCGACUGCGGGGCGGCGGCGGCAUGCUUGAAGGAUAAAUGCUGUACUAAAACAUGUCGGUUUAAGCCAGGAGUGCAGUGUUCCUCUGGAUUAUGUUGUUAUAAAUGUCAGUUCAAGCCGAAAACCUCGCGGUGCCGCCCCGCCGCCGAUGCGCAGUGCGACCUGGCCGAGUUCUGCACCGGGGCCUCCGCGUCCUGCCCCCCCGACCUGUACGUGCAGGACGGGCACGGCUGUGAGCACGGCACCGGCUACUGCUACAAGGGACGCUGCCAGUCUCCGGACCUGCAGUGCCGGCGGCUCUACGGGAGAGGUUCAAAAAAUGCUCCUGUGGCUUGUUACGAGGAACUCAAUAGUCAGCAGGACAGAUUUGGACACUGCGGGUUCCAGCCCAGACAAGGCUAUAAGUCCUGUGCUUGGAGGAAUCUCAGGUGUGGAAAGUUAAUCUGCACGUACCCGUACAGCACUCCGUUUGCAUCAGCCGCCGCCGCCGUUCUUUACGUCCAAGUGCGCGAGCAUUUAUGUGUAUCUUUGGAUUACUUGAAUGCACCAGCAAGGCUGGAUCCUCUUCUGGUUCCGCCGGGUACAAAGUGUGGUUCUGGAAAGGUGUGUAUCAACACCACUUGUCACCCACACUCGGUGCUGGGAUAUGACUGCGACAGCAAAGUGAAGUGCCACGGCCACGGCGUGUGCAAUAAUAAGAGACACUGCCACUGCUACCCUGGCUGGAAGCCCCCUGACUGCCUGCAGAAGGGAUCCCACAUCGGGGGAAGCAUCGACAGUGGCCUCCAGGUGCCAGACGGCGGCCUCUCCCUGCAGCGAGUGCUGGAGGACGUGACGCUGGCCUGGCCGGUGCUGGGCUCCUGCCUCCUCCUGCUCGUCCUUGCCGGGGCCACCUGCCUCAUCCUCCGGCGGCAGGCGCUGGGCCGGUGCUGUGGGCGGCAGCCCCCGGACACGGAGGGGCACAUUGUGGUGGUUGGGUUUUGUCGAUCGGCCGAGUGUGUGAAGCUGCGUGACGCUGGCAGCCGUGCAGUGGGGACAGGGAUGCUCGCGGGGACGGAGCAGGGGGCGUGGCUCCUGCUGAAGGGGACGUUCCUUGCGUGGCGCUGGAUCUAUGGGAUUGAGCCCCUGGAUUAUUCUCCUGCCUUCGAGCACUUUGUGUACCGAGUGAGUGAUGAGAAGAUGGCAGGUUCCCUCUUUGCCAACAGCCACCGCGAGAGAGGGCCCGGCGGGCUGACAGCGGAGGAGGUGUCGAAGAAAGCACGUGGAGAUGAUGAAUACGACCACCUGGGUGCAGGCAACUAUGUUGUGACACGGAAGAUAGUUCAGGUCUCCAGCUUGCUCAGCGGUAUGUUCAGGUCUCUUAACCUAGCAGUUACCCUGUCCUCCGUGGAGGUCUGGACAGAUAACAACGCAUUUAAGACAACGGGGAGUGGAGAAGAAGUGCUGGCGCGGCUGUUGAAGUGGAAGCAGACCAGCCCCACUAUGCAGCCCCACGAAGUGCCGUAUCUGCUCCU